UCUUCUCUCCCACUCAACUAUCUUCAUCUUUGUUCUUUUCCUUUAUCCUCCUCUCCUCCUCCAUGGUUUUCUCUUCAGUUCCAGUGUUUCUUGAUCCACCCAAUUGGCCUUCUCAGCAACCAAAUCAGCUCCAACCAAGUAGCUGUGAGACUAAUAAUGCUCAGCAUCUUCCACCUCCGCCACCCCCGGCCCCCAGUGGCGGUGGUGGGGGUGGACCUGGCUCGAUUAGACCUGGCUCGAUGACAGAUCGAGCUAGGUUAGCGAAGAUACCGCAACCCGAAGCUGGACUAAAAUGCCCUAGAUGUGAAUCAACAAACACGAAGUUUUGUUACUUCAACAACUAUAGUCUCACUCAGCCUCGCCACUUUUGCAAGACCUGUCGACGAUACUGGACGAGAGGCGGGGCGAUGAGGAGUGUGCCGGUUGGAGGUGGGUGUCGGCGGUCGAGUAAGAGAAGCAAAGGAGGUAGCAAUAGGUCAAAAUCUCCCGGAGGUUCAAGUACUUCAACAAGCACAGUGUCAUCAAAUAGCUGCACAACGGAUAUACUUAGCCACCAAUUGGCUCAUCAACCACCAGCUCCACCGCCGCCGCCGCCAACCCAUUUCCCAUUUUUGGCUCAAAAUUUGCAGCAUCUUAGUGAUUUUGGGAACCUGGGUUUGAACUUUGAAGCUCUUCAAAUCCCAUCAAUGGCAUCAUCAGGGGGAGAAUCCUCAAUUUUAUCAAGUGGAAUUACGGAUCAUCAUCAAUGGAAAAUACCCUUUUUUGCAAAUUUACAUCAACAAAAUGGGAUGUACUCAAAUUUCAUGGCUGAAGAACAUCAUCAUCAUCAUCAUAAUCAACCACAAGCAGCUGAUUUCUCAAAUUACCAGCGUUUGUCAAAGCCAUUAAUGGACAAUGGAUUUAGUUCUUCCACACCUCAUCAUCAAUUGGGGAAUAUCAAUAACAAUACUAUGAAAAUCAUGGAAGAAACUCAAGGGAUUCACAAUUUGUCAAGAAAUUUCCUCGGAAUUCAACCAAACGAUCCGUUCUGGAAUUCCACCACGUCUACAACAACAACAACCACAACAACAACAACAACACCGGGGAAUGCCGCAUGGAGUACCGAUCAAAUUUCGGAUCUUUUAUAAUUUGGGGUUUCGAUUUUUUCAUGAUCUUACAAAAACUUAACACUUCGGGGGUUUGUUUUUUUCUUUUUCUUUGUUGUUUAAUUUGUAGUACAGGGCUGAAAGAGAAUGAGAAACCCAGCUGAGAAAAUGCUCAAAAUCUAACAUGGAAGGGGAAAGAAGGUGAAUGAAAUUUCAGAAUUAGAGGGUUUUCAUUGUUAUUA